ACGCUGAUGUUCAAAAUGGCGGAUAGUCACGUCCUCAGUUUUGUGUAAAUAAAGUAUAUAGCUAAGUAUUUAUUAGGCAAACCAUCUGAGUUAUGAACUGUCACGCGAUCUAACGUGGCUAUUUUUAAACAUUCGAAAUCACUGACAUCGAGAUUUUUCGUGAUAAAAGAAGCAGUGGCUGGUAAUUGUAAUAUAAGGUGCUCGUUUUUUACCAGGUUCAGGAAAGCUUACAUGAAGCGCUGAAAUAUUUAUAAAGCUUCAUCGUCGUUUGUGUGGACGUGGAUCGGAGGGAUGGAGAGUGACUGUAGGAUUCCGAUGUCGUGUUUCAAACCCAGAGUUCUGGCACUCCACGCGCUCUUUUGGGGAUUGGUGUCAUUCAGAGUGUUCGGUGCAGCUCUUCUCAGUGAAGAGAAAACCACAGGAACAAAGGUGGUGACCAUGCCAUGUUGGCAAAUGGAAGAGUUUGUUGUUGCUACAGAAUGCACCAUGUGUAAUGGUUUUCAAGCGAAGAGGAUAGUGGCCUGCAGCCAGACAGGAUAUGUGGAAAGGAUUAACUGCACCAAGUCCAACAAAGAUGAGUACAAAAGCUGCCGCUCUGCAGUGAUGGAGGAGCACCUCUUCUGGAAAUUUGAGGGUGCCAUGUUGGGGCUCACUGUUGUCUUUGCACUGUUAGUGGUUAUCCGACAACAAUCCUUAGACCGCCAAGCCUCGGAAAAGGUUCGCCGGCAGAUAGAAUCUAUUUAGUAUGGUAUUAAAGACUGCUGCAGAAAUAUGACCAAGAGGUUAAGUGCUCCAUGGUUUUCAGCAAAGAUUCAGUGUUAGAGCACAGCUGUUGUAACCAGUUCACCUCACAGGAUACAUGCGUCACAUGGAUUGUGGACGUUGGACAUUCAUGCACAGUGUUUCUGGCUGAGAGGACACAAUGUUCCUUUUCUUUCUGACAUUAAAUGUAGACAACAGUUUGCUGCUUCCAUAAGAAAUUGACCCUUUCCCCAGAUUGUUCGUGCUAUUUCUACAGUAAUCUCCUUUUAACUGUGAAGCUCAAGAAAUUGAAUAGGGGGAUUAGCAUCAAAAUCAAACAGACAAAAUGUGUUGUCCUAUGUACAAGCAGAGUAUGUAAGUUUGUAAUUAUUUUUUAAAAUACUAUGUGCUUUUUAGGUGUGUGUGGUCCAUGCCUUUAAUUUUGCAAAAUAUGAUUUGCCAUAAUUUCCAAUAUAAUCACACCUAAAAUGGCACCUAAUCACAUCUCCCCUUACCGUACCUGUCUGUGUGUAAAACAGCGAGAGAGAGACCAGGGAUGUAACCAGGAAUGAUUGUAUGCUCAAUCCCAAAUUAAACCUGAGAGAAUUUUACUUUCAAUUUUCAGAGAUAACUCAUCCCUUCUUUUUAAAUUUACAUAUCUACACUUUGAGGUGUUCUCAAAUUUAUUUUCAAAAGUCCAAUGUUUGGGUUGUUCAUCUUGCAGUUUUCGGUUCUAUACUAUGUUUUUAUCUGUUUGUCUUGUGUAUGGUGUGGGUGAGCGUGUGUCCCAUAUUUUUUUUUACAGUAUCCACACACAUGCCAGGCAUCACUGCUGCUACUGACUUUCCUUAAUCUAAAACUCAGCCCUCUUUUAAAUCUAUAUAUGACAAAAAUGUAAAAAUAUGCAGUAUGCUAACACAAAUGUUGCAUUUUUAAACUAGGUAAUUGAUAAUGAAUAGAGACAUGUAUUUUCUGGUUUACAGCUGAUUUUAUUUAUUUUGAACACCGUACCCAUCUGGUCUUGCAUGGUCCAUCAGUGUAAGGCAAGCUUGCAAGAGUUAUGACAUGUUUUGUCUUUUUUGUUGCUGCACAAGAUUAUAACUAAAGAAAACUGCAUGCUCUUGACUAAGAUUUUCUUCCUUGGCCAGUUUUAGUGGUCCUCCCAAACUCAAUAAUGUAUUUUUAUGAAAAAUGUGAGAACUUUCUUAUUCUCUGUAUCUAAAAGGAGAACUGGGGAAUAAAGUAAAUAUAGUCUA